AUGAAGCCCCUCGACAGCCCCGACGGGGUUGACAAAUUAUGGGCGGUUAUAGAUACUCGUGGACAGGGCUAUGUGGACUUCAAUGGCCUGAGAAAGGGACUGCGGAGGAUGGACCAUCCUCUCAAAAACGCGGAUUCUAUGCUUCACCAGCUUUUCAAGACAGUCGAUACUAGCGGCGAUGGACGAAUACAAUACGGAGAAUUUCGUGAUUUCGUCUCUCGCGCCGACCAGGCGUUAUGGGAACUCUUCCAAAGCAUCGAUCGAAACCGCAAUGGAGAAAUAGACAGGACAGAAUUGAGAGAUGCAUUUGCAAAUGCAGGUAUCACGGUGUCGAGUUCCAUGCUUGAUUCGUUUCUGGCUCAAAUGGACCAAAACAACGAUGGCGUCAUUACCUAUAAUGAAUGGAGGGACUUUUUACUCUUUUUACCAACCGAAGUUACCAACUUGCGCACCGUGCUUUCAUAUUACAAGGCCACGGGAAAUCUAAACCCGGAAGGAGACGUCGACAUCAGUGAUACUCUACAGGGUUUAGGUACUGCAGUCCCGAUCCUGUCUCAUUUCUUACAUUCCUUGGAAAGCAUUGUAUAUUGUAUCUUUCAAGUUCCUCUCUCAAUAAUAUUGAACGUCGCACCAGUCAACCUGGUAGCUGUCGCAUAUGCUGAGACGUCCAAUGCUGAGCCAGCCUCCGAUCCGGAUAUGGUUGCGUUCGACGGGGACCUUGAUCAUGAGCUGGAGUGGCUUUCUGUUUCCCAACCCAUAGCCAUGUGGCUGUCAGUACGCUCUUAUGAACUGCAGUUAACCGACAUAUUCCCUCACUUAGGUUAUUUCGUCGCCGGUGGAGUCGCUGGCGCCGUCUCACGGACAGCCACUGCGCCCCUCGACCGUCUGAAAGUGUACCUUAUCGCCCAGACUGGCGUAAAGAAAGAGGCUGUCCGUACGGCUAAAAAGGGUGCUCCUUUAAGCGCUGUGGGAAAGGGACUGGGGACUUUGAUCGAGGCGACUAGGGAACUAUGGCGAGCGGGAGGAAUUCGGAGUCUCUUUGCAGGCAAUGGACUCAAUGUGGUCAAGAUCAUGCCAGAAUCAGCUAUCAAAUUUGGCGCCUACGAGGCAUCUAAACGAGCAUUUGCCCGCCUUGAAGGACAUAACGAUCCUAAGCAGAUCAAACCAACUUCGCAAUUUCUGUCUGGCGGACUUGGUGGCAUGGUGGCUCAGUGUUGCGUUUAUCCCAUCGAUACGCUCAAAUUCCGCAUGCAAUGCGAAGUUGUGCAGGGAGGCAAUCGAGGAAACAAACUCAUUGCCGAGACUGCUCGAAAAAUGUGGCAAAGCACUGGUGGCUUUGCAUUCUAUCGCGGUCUGCCCCUAGGCCUCGUUGGCAUGUUCCCAUAUGCCGCAAUCGACUUGUCGACGUUUGAGUAUCUCAAAAGGAGGUUAGUUGCCCGCAAAGCUCGGCUAGAAAAAUGCCAUGAAGAUGAUGCGCCGUUGAGCAACUUCACGACUGGAGUCAUUGGUGCUUUUAGCGGUGCUCUGGGCGCCUCUUUUGUCUAUCCACUCAAUGUCCUGCGAACGCGGCUGCAAGCACAGGGUACAGUCCUACAUCCAGCAACUUAUGAUGGCAUUAUGGAUGUGACUCGAAAGACCUACCGGACCGAGGGUUUGCGUGGAUUUUACAAAGGCAUCACUCCGAACAUGCUCAAAGUAGCACCAGCAGUUUCAAUCAGCUAUAUUGUUUACGAGAAUUCGAAGCGUUUCCUCGGGUUGAAGUAA